GAGAUGGAGAUCUUCCCUUACAGGUGGAGGCAAGCAUGGAAUGACUGGGAUCUCCGGUCAUUCAUUUUGAUGAGCUUGACCUUGCAGAUGAUCCUCAUCUUCUCCGGGAGCCACCGGAACCACGUUGUCUCCAGGUGGAUCAGCUUCAUCCUCUGGUCGGCCUACUUGCUCGCCGACUGGGUCGCCACCUUCGCUCUUGGCAUCUUCUCCAAUAACCACACUGGCUCUGACUGCGCCUCUUCCUCUCACAGCACCCUGAACGAAGACCGCCUCGCUUUCUGGUCGCCUUUCCUUCUCUUGCACCUCGGCGGCCCUGAUACCAUCACGGCAUUCUCCCUUGAGGAUAACGAGCUGUGGAUGAGGCACUUGAUGGGGCUCGUGUUUCAGGUUGCCGUGGCUUUCUACGUCUUUGUUGGUUCCUUGCCAGAGACAAGGCUCACGGCCCCUGCGGCCAUGAUGUUUCUCGCCGAGAUUCUCAAGUCGGGCGAGAAGUCGUGGUCUCUUAUGUCUGCGAGCAUGGACAGCCUGCGGAACUCCAUGGUCGAGCCCCCCGACCCCGGCACCAACUUUGCCAAGUCGAUGAAGGACUACGCCUCGGUGACCGCUGCAGGAACCAGAGCGACGAUUGACGUGCAGAAAGAGCCAGAAUGGAGACCGUGGAAACCGAACACCUCCGAGGACCCGAUUUCGCCGGUUAUGAUGGUGACCAAAGCUCAUCAGUACUUCCACACUUUCAAGCGCCUCAUGGUCGACCUCAUCAUCCUCAGCCUUCACGAUCGGAACGAUAGCCAGUCGUUCUUCCUCAAGCGCUCUCCCAUCCAAGCUUCUGCCUCACACUGUUGCAGGGCCAUGGCUUCGUUUCACCAGAUUGGGCCUUCACAGUCCCGCAUUUCCAGCUUCGUCUCCGCUACAAACUCUUUCUUGCGGCCACCGAACAAGCCGAGAUGGUCUCAUUCUAUGGCGCAGUAUAAUCUCAUCAGCUUCUGCCUCAAGGACCAUCCAUCCCCAUGUAACAGAUUCCUCCGCUUCCUCACGGUAAAAGAAAGACACAUCUUUAGGGACCUUAAGAACAAAUCCAUCAGCGAAGAGGAGUCCAAAGACUCCAAGCGUUUCAGUGCCUUCAGUGGCGAAUGGGCACUCGAGCAGCAGAAACAUAUGAAGAAAUUUGGCUGGAACGUCAAGGUGGAAUUCGACCAAAGCAUUCUGUUGUGGCACACUGCCACUGAUCUCUGCUACUAAUCCCACGGCACCAAACAGAGUCUG